AUGUUGACUCUUGAAAUAACACCAAAACUUAUUAUGAAAUAUUCCUUCAUAAACAUAAUCGACUGGAAAGAUGAAGACAAGAGAUUAAAUGUGCUGAGAUUAUCCCAAAGGAACAUGACAAUGCGAAGACCCAUCACAAACAUGGCCUCAAUUUUCAAGUCGUGGGGAUUCCUGAUCUAUUUAAGCCUGGUGACUGCGGUCGUGCUGUACAUCGCCCACAAGAAAUUAACGGAGCCUAAAUUAUCCAGAAAAAAGUAUAGCCUCGCUGAUCGAAACCAGUUACCGAAGUGCCCCCUCCUCCGUCGUUUAAUCGGCAGAACCCCCGUGACCGAAGGCAUGACCGAGGCAGACGUCGAGAAGAACAUCACGAACGUGCGCCUGGGUGGGAGGUGGUGGCCGACCCACUGCAACCCCGUGUGGAGCGUGGCCAUCAUUGUGCCUUAUCGAGACCGGGAACUGAUGAUGGGUCCGUUCCUUAAUAAUAUCCACCCAAUUCUUCAACGCCAAUUGGUCAACUAUACCAUCUACAUCGUUGAACAAAUACCGGGGAAACGCUUCAACAAGGCGAAGGUGUUCAACGUGGGCUUCGCUCUCGCCCUCAAGUACGGCCCCCACGACUGCUACGCCUUCCAGGACAUCGACUGUCUGUCCGAGGACGACCGCAACUUCUACUACUGCGCUGACCAACCUCGCCACCUCGGGUCCUCAGUCUCCAGGUUUAAUUAUACGUGA